GGUGAAGGCUAAGGAAAAUGAUAGUGGCUGUUGUUGUCUUUUAACAGUUGAUCAUACUCGUAGCUGUGAUAUAUUAUUCCUCUCCUUUGCCGUUAUUUCCUCAACUACCCCUUCUCUUUUCUCUCUCUAAAAAACUAAAACUAAAACUAAAACUAAAACUAAAAUAACCAAACCAAACAGACCAUAGCAAUCUCUUGCAUUUUGUUUCUACUCACCUUCUCUGGUUCUACUGCUGUUAUACACACUCUCACUUUCUUUUAUGUCUUGGAAUUCAAUUUAUUUCUCAUCUUAAUUGUUAUUAUAAUUUGCUUUGCUGAUCAAUUUUUUACUCUGUUUUCUUGUUAAUGGAAGCUCCGUCUUCUCCUUCUCCCUCUCAUUUGCUUUCUCCUCGAGGUCCAUCUUCUCCUGCUAAUAAUACUACUACUAAUAAUAAUGGUUCGGCAUCAGUGUCGGAAGAUUGUUGUGUUAAAGUUGCGGUUCAUGUCAGACCGCUCAUCGGUGAUGAGCGUGCUCAAGGCUGUCAAGAUUGCGUCACUGUCGUACCAGGGAAGCCUCAGGUACAGAUAGGCGCUCACUCUUUUACGUUUGACCAUGUCUAUGGGAGCACUGGUUCUCCCUCGUCUGCUAUGUUUGAAGAAUGUGUUGCUCCUCUAGUUGAUGGCUUAUUGCAAGGAUAUAAUGCGACGGUUCUCGCUUAUGGGCAGACAGGAUCAGGGAAAACGUAUACAAUGGGCACUGGAUUUAGAGAUGGUGUCCAAACAGGAAUAAUUCCUCAAGCCAUGAAUGUUCUGUUUAGCAAGAUUGAAGCAUUAAAGCAUCAAACUGAGUUCCAACUGCAAGUUUCUUUCAUUGAGAUUCUAAAAGAAGAAGUUCGUGAUCUGCUGGAUCCUGCUUGUUUGAACAAGCCAGAUACUCCAAAUGGGCACGCAGGAAAAGUAAAUGUCCCUGGGAAACCACCAAUACAAAUCCGUGAAACAUCAAAUGGUGUUAUAACACUAGCAGGAUCUACUGAAGUUAGUGUUAGUUCACUAAGAGAAAUGUCAGCUUGCUUAGAACAAGGAUCAUUGAGCAGGGCAACAGGAAGUACAAACAUGAACAACCAAUCAAGUCGUUCACAUGCAAUCUUCACCAUCACAUUAGAGCAAAUGCGUAAGCUCAAUCCUGUAUUCUCUAGUGACAACAGUCCUAUUGAUGGCAUGAACGAAGAGUAUCUCUGUGCCAAGUUGCAUUUAGUAGAUCUUGCCGGUUCAGAGAGGGCUAAAAGAACAGGUUCUGAUGGUGUGCGAUUUAAGGAAGGAGUGCACAUCAAUAAAGGCCUUCUUGCCCUUGGCAAUGUUAUUAGUGCACUUGGUGAUGAAAAAAAGCGCAAAGAAGGUGUUCACGUACCUUAUCGGGAUAGUAAGCUGACUCGGCUUUUGCAGGACUCUCUAGGUGGUAACAGCAAAACCACUAUGAUAGCUUGCAUUAGUCCCGCUGAUAUUAAUGCUGAGGAAACUCUUAAUACUCUGAAGUAUGCAAAUCGUGCUCGCAAUAUCCAAAAUAAGCCUGUUGUCAAUAGGGAUCCCAUGUCUAGUGAGAUGCUAAGGAUGCGCCAACAACUAGAGUAUUUACAGGCUGAACUUUGUGCUCGAGGAGGUGGUUCUUCAUCGGAUGAAGUUCAGGUUCUCAAAGAGAGGAUCGCUUGGCUUGAAGCUGCUAAUGAGGACCUCUGUCGAGAACUUCAUGACUACCGCAGCAAAUGCACUGCGGUAGAUCAACGUGAAACAGAUGCUCAAGAUGGUAGCAACUGUUAUGUAAAAACUGACGGGCUUAAGAGGAGUUUGCAAAGUAUAGAGUCGACAGAUUAUCAGAUGGGAGUAACAAUGUCAGCUGAUUCAAGGGAAAUUGACGAAGAGGUAGCAAAAGAAUGGGAGCAUACUCUCCUGCAGAGUACAAUGGACAAAGAGUUGCAUGAAUUGAACAGGCGAUUAGAGGAGAAGGAGUCAGAAAUGAAACUUUUUGGAGGGGUUGACACAGCAGCUCUCAAACAACAUUUUGGCAAGAAAUUAAUGGAACUGGAGGACGAAAAAAGAACUGUGCAGCAAGAAAGGGAUCAUUUGUUGACUGAAAUUGAAAAUAUCUCAGCCAGUUCCGAUGGGCAGACACAAAAAAUGCAAGAUAUACAUGCCCAGAAAUUAAAAGCACUCGAGACACAAAUUCUGGAUCUGAAGAAAAAACAAGAAAACCAGGUUCAACUUUUAAAGCAAAAACAAAAGAGUGAUGAAGCGGCAAAGCGGUUACAAGAUGAAAUCCAAUCUAUAAAGGCACAAAAGGUUCAGUUGCAACAUAAAAUCAAACAAGAGGCAGAACAAUUUCGGCAGUGGAAAGCCUCUCGGGAAAAGGAGCUGCUGCAGCUGCGGAAGGAGGGACGGAGAAAUGAAUAUGAAAGGCAUAAACUACAAUCUUUAAACCAGCGCCAAAAAAUGGUCCUUCAGAGAAAGACAGAAGAAGCUGCAAUGGCCACCAAGCGACUGAAGGAAUUGCUUGAAGCUCGCAAAUCUUCAGCCCGUGACAGCUCAGCUAUCACUAAUGGAAAUGGAACAAAUGGACAGAGCAAUGAGAAAUCCUUACAGCGUUUUGUUGACCAUGAACUAGAAGUCAUGGUGAAUGUGCAUGAAGUUCGUUUUGAAUACGAGAAACAAAGCCAAGUACGAGCUGCACUUGCAGAAGAGCUAGCCGUGUUGAGGCAAGUAGAUGAGUUUGCCUCAAAGGGGCUAAGUCCUCCUAGAGGAAAGAACGGAUUUGCCAGGGCUUCUUCCAUGUCACCGACUGCAAGAAUGGCCAGGAUGUCUUCACUUCAAAACAUGUUAAGUAUAUCAUCUAAUUCACUUGUUGCAAUGGCUUCACAACUUUCUGAGGCAGAAGAACGGGAGCGUGGAUUCACUAACCGUGGUCGUUGGAAUCAGCUACGUUCAAUGGGGGAUGCAAAGAACUUGCUUCAAUAUCUUUUCAAUUCUCUGGGAGAUGCAAGAUGCCAAAUAUGGGAGAAAGAACUGGAAAUCAAGGAAAUGAAAGAACAGUUUAAAGAACUUGUUGGCAUCUUGCGACAAAGUGAGGCACAAAGAAAGGAAAUAGAGAAGGAGUUGAAACUGAGAGAGCAGGCAGUUGCCAUUGCUUUGGCUACAUCAGCUUCGGUCGGCCAUGAACAGGGAAACUCUUACAAUUCACUGAAACAUUUUGCUGAUGACAUGAGUAGACCCUUGUCUCCCAUGUCUGUGCCUGCACAGAAACAGCUAAAAUAUACUCCAGGAAUUGCUAAUGGUUCAGUCAGAGAAUCGGCAGCAUUCAUGAAUCAGACACGAAAGAUGGUACCUAUGGGGCAGCUGUCAAUGAGAAAGUUAGCUGUUGGUAAACAAGGUGGGAAGCUAUGGAGGUGGAAGAGAAGUCAUCAUCAAUGGCUUUUGCAAUUCAAAUGGAAGUGGCAAAAGCCAUGGAGACUGUCAGAAUUGAUUAGGCACAGUGAUGAGACGAUUGUGAGGACAAAAUAUCGUCCGCAUGCUCUGCCACAAGCGGUGUAACGUUUUGCGAUAGUCAGAUUGUUUUUCUUACCCAAUACUCAUCUUUGACCUAUAAAUAGGACUCCCAUUCCACGGAGCACCCAUACAAUCAAAUGGAGGUAUGCAGACAUAUUCUAGCCUAAGUUAUACAUAUGGAUAUAACUUAGACAACAAGCCUUUAUUUGUUUCACUGUGUGCAGUGCUGAAAUGGCUGUUGAGGAGCUCUUUUAUAGCUCCCUUGGAUGAGCUGAUUUUGAAAAAGUUAGGUUGGUCAGUUUGGAAUCUUUUGCUGUAGUUUAUGCACUGGGAGCAUCGUGUAAAGCAAUGUUGAUGCUGCAGAUGAUUCACUCAUAUAUUAUCGAGAAGAUAUCAAGAGGUCUGAAAAUUGUGUACUAGUCAUACACUGGUAAAAGAAUAGCUUGCUCCUGAUUUAGUACUUUGGUAUAUAUAUAUAUAAAUGCAUACGUUGGGUCAAUAACAACAGUUUGAGGGAAUAAAACCAUCCCAUCAAAGUAUAGAAGUGUAAAGCUUUUUUAUUGCUUCCCUUGAGCUUAAUUGUAAGUUUCUUGCUAAUUUGAUUGAUUGUUUAUUGUGUAAGAACAUUAUUGAUUCUAUUGAAAUGAUUGAAACCCCUGUAAAGUUUAUAUCUCA